AUCAGUCCCAGUUUAACUCAGUUUACUGGAUCCACCUGGAAACAAACAGAACAGAAUAAAUCCUGAUGCAGCAGCAGAGACUGAGUUCACCGACACCAUGAGCCACUUCAGACUCACUAUCGCCCUGUUGCUGCCGCUGAGCGUCCUGCUGGCGACUGCAGAUGUUUCCUCGGACAGCGUGAUCACCUGCCAUGGUUCAGUCCACCGCCUCACCUGUGACAGUGGAGUGAUUUCUGUGCUGACGGCUAAGUAUGGACGCUCAGAUCCACAAAGCUGCAACGAAGGAAGACCUGCUGAGCAGCUGAGGAACACCGGGUGUUCCCUGGACGGAACCCAAGACCUGGUCAAGAGGAGGUGUGAUGGAAAGAAAGUUUGUGAGCUGAACUCUGACGACGUCCAGACGUCUGAUCCAUGUGUUGGAACCUUCAAGUACCUGCAGACCAACUACACCUGUUUACCUGCAAUUCACCUGGUUCUCUGUGAAGAUUCUCAGACUCUCCUGCACUGCGCUGAAGGUCAGGUGAUUUCCGUCUAUGGAGCAGAUUUCGGACGUCGGGAUCGAACCACUUGUUCCUACAAACGUCCAGAUUCUCAGAUCCAGAACGUCGACUGUUGGGCUCCGACCAGCAAAGUGGCCCAAAGCUGCAACGGAAAAAACUCCUGCAGCGUCAGAGCGGCGAGCUCGGAGUUUGGAGAUCCUUGUGUCGGAACGUACAAAUACCUGGAGGCCUCCUACGUCUGCCAGUAUCCGGUCUGAACCAUUCCAAUAAUAAAAAUAGGAAUCAAUCUCAUAAAACGAUGAUUUGAUGAAGAAACAGAAAGAAAAUUAUUCCUAAACUUUAAAUCAAUGUUAACAAACUGUGUCCAUGUGGUUCUACUUUUAUACUGAACUUCACUACUGACAAUAAAAUCAGGAUUUCAUUCA